GCCGGCCCAAUUUACAAGGCCCAACAGACAAAUAAAAACCCUAACUCUAAAAAAUUCUUGUACAACUCUAGCGUCACUUUCCCCGCCCCUCCACUCGCCGGCGGACUUGCUGAAUUCACAGAUCGUCGACGAAUAUGCCGUUCAAGAGGUACGUGGAGAUCGGAAGGGUGGCUCUUGUCAAUUACGGCAAGGACUAUGGGAAGCUUGUUGUCAUCGUCGAUGUUAUCGACCAGAACCGGGCUCUUGUGGAUGCUCCUGAUAUGGUUAGGGGCCAGAUGAACUUCAAGAGGCUUUCUCUGACAGAUAUCAAGAUCGACAUCAAAAGGGUUCCCAAGAAGAAGGCUCUGGUAGCUGCCAUGGAAGCUGCUGAUGUUAAGGGCAAAUGGGAAAAGAGCUCAUGGGGAAGGAAGUUGAUUGUCCAGAAAAGAAGGGCUGCCCUCAAUGAUUUUGAUCGGUUCAAGUUGAUGCUAGCAAAAAUUAAGAGGGCUGGCAUUGUUCGACAAGAGCUUGCGAAACUUAAGAAAGAGAGCGCGGCAUGAAUGCUUAUGUAUUUUUAGGAGUUUGUUCUAGGAUCUUGAAUAGCCCAUUCCUUUUGACUGUUCUUGAAUCUAUUUCAAAUACAAAUAGUACUCCAAUUCUUGAUGAAACCAGGUAUUCUAUUCAUCCUACAUUUGUUUUCAUAA